ACACAGAUCUAGCAAGUGAGAAAGUUAAGAAUGGAUGCAAUAUAUUUAGGGUUGUUUGGUGUAGUUAUUGGGGUUGUGCUAUGGUGGUGGAAUGAGUAUUGGUAUGUUCUUCCUCUCAAAUUCAAGUGCUUAAAAUCUUCAACAAAAUUGCCACCCGGUCAUAUGGGGUUACCUUUCAUUGGAGAAAUGAUUAGUUUUCUUUGGUACUUCAAAAUUGUUCGACGGCCAGAUGAUUUCAUUAACGCAAAACAAUGCAAGUAUGGCGACGGAGGAGGCAUGUUUAGAACACAUCUCUUUGGGGAACCAUCCAUCAUAGUAUACACUCCUGCCGUUAACAAAUUUGUACUAUUUUCAGACACCAACUUCAAACAAGAAUGGCCAACUGUUGAACUUAUGGGUGUAACUUCAAUGGUGGCGGUCCAUGGUAAGGCUCAUACACGAGUCCGCAACUUUGUCACCAAUGCUAUCAAUCGACCCGACGCCUUAAGCCGCAUUGCUGCUCUUGUCCAGCCUCAUAUAGUCACUGCUCUACGAUCUUGGGAUGACAUGGGUAAGAUCAAAGCAAAAGUUGAAACUCAAAAGAUGUCCUUUGAGAGCAUUGCGAAACUUUUCUUAGGCAAGGAGCCUGGAGAUUUUCUAAAUUCAUUAGAUAAACUCUAUCAAGGUGUGCUUCCUGGUGUGAGAGCCUAUCCGAUUAACGUUCCUGGUUUCGCAUACCACCACGCUCUUCGAUGUAGACGAAAGCUUGAGAAGAUUUUCUACAUGGAGUUAGAUAAGAGAAAAUCGAAGAAUGAAAAUAUGGUGGAAACAAUUGAUCUAAUGGAUGGAUUAAUGCAAAUUGAAGAUGAUGAAGGUGACAAAUUGAGUGACAAAGAAGUUGUAGACAACAUUGUCUCUCUUGUGCUUGGUGGAUAUAUCUCUACUUCUCUUGUCUCCAUGUGGGCUAUUUACCUUCUUGCAAAGCAUCCAAAUGUGCUAGAAAAAUUAAGGGAAGAGAACAUGGCUCUUACAAAGGGGAGUCCUGAGGAUUAUAUUACAUCUAAAGAUGUUUCAAAUUUAAAAUACACAAACAAGGUAGUUGAAGAAGUUAUAAGAAUGGCCAAUGUUGCUGCUUUUUUCUUCAGAAAAGCUGUAAAUGAUGUGGAUUAUAAAGGUUAUAGAAUACCAAAAGGAUGGAAAGUAAUACUCUUCAUUCGCUAUCUUCAUACAAACCCCGACAACUUUAAAGAUCCUAUGUAUUUUGACCCUAAUAGAUGGGAUGUGCCAGCAAAGCCUGGAACAUACCAAGUUUUUGGUGCUGGACAAAGACUAUGCCCUGGAAACAUGCUUGCAAGAAUUCAUCUAGCACUUCUGCUUCAUCAUUUGUCCAUAGGAUACAAGUGGGAGCUCAUGAAUCCAAAUGCAGAUAUAAUGUAUCUUUCACAUCCUACUCCUAUUGAUGGGGUUGAGGUCAAGUUUAGCAAAUUAUGA